AUGGCGACACCAAAACCGUUCCAGAUUGCCGUUCCUCAGGAGAAGAUCGACAAGUUCAAGUUGAAGCUCUCUUUAGCGGAACUUCCUGAUGAACUCGAAGGUGCCGGAUGGGACUAUGGCGUUCCUUUGGCUGAGAUGAAGAGAUUGACAAAGGCAUACGAGAAAUGGGAUUGGAGACAGGCAGAAGCACGUUUGAACAAGCUUCCUCAGUAUACCACUACCAUAAAGGUGGAUGGUUAUGAUGAAUUGGAUAUCCAUUUCCUUUGGCAGAAGAGUAAAGUCAAAAAUGCCAUCCCUCUUUUGAUGGUGCACGGCGUAUGUCAUUUUCUCGUUUCUUGUUAUAUUUGGUCUACUCCUAAUCUAAUUGUUUACUUCGCUAAUACUAAACUCUGUUUAUUUAGUGUAAGCUUUGAAUUUCACCCAUCUCUGUCUACACACUCAUCAUACAUAGGGCCCGCUUCAUUCAUCGAAUUCCAACACAUCCUUCCUCUCCUUGCAGAUAAUCCCGACGGCCCAGCCUUCCACAUUGUCGCUCCAUCCCUCCCAAACUUCGGCUUCAGCUCCGGCGUAAAAACCCGUGGCUUUGCACCCCCCAAAUACAGCGAGACCCUCCACAAACUCAUGCUCUCAUUGGGAUACACCGAAUACGCAACCCAAGGUGGAGAUUGGGGGUAUUUCAUCACCAGAAUAAUGGGACGUACGUACCCAGAAUCCGUCAAGGCAUCCCACAUCAACACCAUGGCAUGUAAUCCCCCGGAAAACUUCGACUACUCCACUCUCACAGAAAGGGAGAAAGCAGGACUCGACCGAUCAGCCUGGUUCGUAAAAGAAGGCCAGGGCUAUUAUCACCAACAAACUACGCAACCACAAACGCUAGCUUACGCACUGAACGACUCCCCCGUUGCUCUACUAGCCUGGAUCUAUGACAAAUUGCAUUUUUGGACAGACAGUUAUCCAUGGACCGACGAUGAGAUUUUCACUUGGAUUAGUGUCUACGCUUAUAGCAGGGCUGGACCGGGAGCUUCCUUGAGAAUUUACUACGAGCAUGUGCAUGGGGAGGGUGACAAUGACCUUCUGGGUGCUGCGACUUAUGUUCCGCAUGUCAAAUUGGGACUUGGUACGAUGAACUAUUCUUUUUGUGUCCCUACCAUCAUUUUCCUUCUUCUUGUUCUCUUGCUCACAGACGUAUAUAGCACAUAACCCCAAAGAGAUGUCAGCCCAACCCAUCUCCUGGUCGAGACAAAUGGGCCCAAUUGUCUACGACAGCGUUCAUGAUUCGGGUGGUCAUUUCAUGGCAUCUGAGAGGCCUCACUAUCUAGCCAAGGAUUUGAAAACAAUGUUUGGGAAAGAGGGUGGCGCUUUUGGUGCUGUGCCUGGUAAGAAUGGGUAUGAUGCUUAAAAGUUUGCCUGUUCUCUAGUUAUGUAAUUUUGUCAUCUUCCCUUUGGGAUGGGCUGCUGAGUUCAAGAAUGACAAAAAUCGAAUGCUCUAUAAGAAUCGCGUAGCUCUCUAGAGAACAUUUUUAUUUACUAUAUUAUUAUAGUCUAUAGAGUACGAUAUCUUAUACACUCCCU